AUGGCGUCGUUACGUGAGCUCACCAAAGUUGAGCGUGGUUUCAUCGAUUCACUGAAGAAUUUACAGAACUUCGUGAAUGAUUUUGAUAAUUCUCGUGAUCAUGUGAAAAUUGAGUCUCGUUUGGAACAUCUUGAGACAUUAUUCAAAAAGUUUCUGGAUAAUCGUGCAAAAAUCGAAGCAAUUCAGGAACCGGACUUAAGCCUGGUUGGUCAAACUAAGGACGAAAGAGAAUCCGAAGUUAUUAGAGACGUGGAAUCGUCCAAUAGAAAGACGCGCAUUGAAUUUGAAAAUACGUAUUUCGAUAUAAAGGAUUUUUUCCUUUCUCUACGAUUAAAACCGACAGCUGUGACUGAUCUUUCCCCUCCGCCUUCCCAUUCAACCGUAUCCCGUGUUCAUCUUCCGGUCUUCAAAAUCCCUUCUUUUGAUGGUAGUGUGAAAGAUUGGCUUAGUUUCCGGGAUGCCUUCCAGAGUAUGAUCGAUAAAGAUGCAUCGCUUACACCCGUUGACAAAUUUAAUUAUCUGCUCUCUGUACUAACGAAGGAAGCAAAAACAUUAGUUGAGUCGAUCGAAGUAACAGUGUCAAAUUAUGAAGUCGCUUGGAAAAUGCUACAAGAACGAUUUGAGAACAAGAAAAUUAUCGCUAGAACUCUGAUGGACGGUUUUUUGGAUGCCGAACCCAUCAGACGGGAAUCUUACGAUUCGUUAGUUACGUUGAUAGAUUCGUACGAACGCAACCUCCUCCAACUUAAGAAACUAGAUCUUGAUACUGAUGGUUGGUCUCAUAUUUUGGCACACUUGUUGUAUAAACGUUUGGAUACAGAAACCCAAAGAUACUGGGAGCGUCAUCAUAAAUCUCGUGAGGUACCGCAAUAUCAAAAUUUGUUGAAAUUCCUUCGUGAUCACCUGGCUACCCUACAACCUAUAGCAGCGGCAAAGACUCGUGAACAAACUAUCCGAAAUGAUACUCGCAGACUCUCAACGAAACAAAAAUAUGGAUCGACACUCACAACUACAGCCACACAAAAUAAAUCUUGUCCACUAUGUCAAAAACCAUAUCAUUCUCCUUUCAAAUGCGAAUCCUUUGCUAAACUAAAUCCCGUCCAAAGGCACGAAAUGGUGAAAAAGACUGGUCUUUGCCUAAAUUGCCUCUCCUUCUCCCAUAUGGUGAAGGCUUGUCCCAGUUCAGCCUGUCGCGUUUGUGGACAAAAGCACCACACAAUGCUGCACAUGCGCUCCAGUAAUUCCAACCGAGGACAAGAGAUAGCUUCGUCACAAUACGUUCCAAUUACCACAACCCCUCGACCUCUACACUCAUCGAACGCUCCAAUCAUAUCGAACACACCUCACUCACAAUCGCAAACCUUCGCUACUAGCCCAGUACCCCCAAUCGUGUCACAAUCACUUCCAGUGGGAGCCCACGCGCCGAAUGCAGUUCGUGAAAAUACAUCCUCUUGUGGAAACGUUGUAUUCCUGUCUACCGCAAUAAUCAAGAUAGCAGAUUCUCACGGCAACAUUCAUUUGGCCCGUGCUCUAUUAGAUAGCUGUUCCGAAAGAAAUUUAAUUAGCACACAACUGGCACAAAAGCUAAUUCUUCAUCGUCAAAACGAUUCACUCUCUCUCCAAGGAGUUGGUCCAAGCAUGAUACAUUCAAAGCAAUCAGCCAUGGUCAAGGUUUUGUCUCGUUACACCAACUUCGCAGUAGAUUUGAAGUUCCAUAUUCUACCAGAAUUCAAACCGAUUAUUCCGUCGAGUCGUUUAUCGGUUUCACAAUGGAAAAUACCAACUUCCGUGGUCCUUGCCGAUCCACGCUUCUUCGAACCCAGUCACAUCGAUGUUAUAAUAGGAGCUGAAAUCUACCAUCGUUUACUACUUGAUGGCUUUAUCGAACUUGAUUCAAAUUUGCCCAUUUUAAAGGAAACCGUCUUCGGCUGGAUUGUAUCCGGCAAAUGUAGCAACACUAUCAGCUGCCAUUCCGCUGUCACCAUGGUAUGCAGCAAUGCGGAUUUAGAAAAGCAGAUGAUGCGUUUCUGGGAGAUUGAAUCAUGUCACUCCAACAACAUUCUUUCUGUGGACGAACAGCAGUGUGAACAAUAUUUUGCAGAGACGACCACGCGUGAUGCCAAUGGUAGAUUUGUUGUAUCCCUACCGACGAAGAAAACUGUUUUAUCGAAGCUUGGAAGUUCUCGAGAAAUUUCACUACGGCGAUUUCUCUCACUCGAACGUCGUUUGCACGCAAAUCCCGAGUUAAUGAAAUCGUAUACGGAUUUUAUUCGAGAAUAUAUCGAAUUGGGACACAUGACCUUAAUCGAUCCUAACGCUGAUUUAUUGUCUUCUACUAUUCAACCUUAUCAUAUGCCACACCACUGUGUUGUACGACCUGAAAGUUCAACUACGAAACUGCGCGUUGUGUUUGACGCUUCCUGUCCGACGGAUACUGGUGUAUCGCUCAACGAUGCCCUCAUGGUCGGUCCAGUCGUACAAGACGACCUCUACAAUAUCAUCCUUCGAUUUCGACUCUCACGGUACGCUAUAGUCGCCGAUUUGGAAAAAAUGUAUCGGCAGAUACUCAUUCAUCCAACAGACCGUCAUCUCCUACGGAUUUUAUGGCGAAACAAGCCUAAUGAUCCUGUGGACACGUAUGAACUUCGCACCGUUACGUAUGGGACAGCGAGUGCCCCAUUUUUAGCUACACGCUGCCUUCGGCAACUUGCGAUGGAAAACGUCACCUCAUACCCUACUGCGUGCGCUAUACUCGAUAAAAACUUUUAUAUCGAUGACUUGCUUUGUGGAGUGGCAUCAGAGCAAGAAGGCAUCGUGCUUUGUAAGCAGUUAACUGAUAUUCUUCGUAGUGCUGGUUUCAAGUUGCACAAAUGGGCGUCAAACAGCACACAUAUUUUAGAGAGCAUACCAGUCGAAUUGAGAGAAAAUCGCAAUGUUUUUGAACUCGAUUCGUCAUCACCUGUAAAAACUUUAGGUCUACUGUGGCAGCCAGCAGGAGACGUCUUCCGGUUUAAAAUACCCUCCUGGAAUUAUAACGCUGUAAUCACCAAACGACUUGUGCUCUCGGACGCAGCACGCUUAUUUGAUCCCCUUGGGCUUGUGGGUCCAAUUAUAGUACGUUCGAAAAUGUUUAUGCAACAAUUGUGGCAAUCGAAAAUAUCCUGGGAUUGUCAAUUAGAAGACCAGCAACUACAGUUUUGGAAAGAGUUCCGAAACGAUCUGCAAUCUCUAGAAGGUUUUGCCGUUCCUCGCUGGGUAGUCCCAUGUAGUCAACCAUACGUCAUUGAACUACACGGCUUCUGCGACGCUUCAGAGAGCGCGUAUGGAGCUUGCAUCUACCUUCGCUGCAUCUCCGAGAGUGGAUCAACUUGUGUACACCUCCUCACGGCUAAGUCGAAAGUUGCACCGAAAGCUCAAGGAAAAGGUCAAAAAAGAAUUUGUCUGCCUCGCCUCGAACUGUCAUCCGCCCUCCUACUAACCCAUUUGUAUGAGAAGGUUAAGAGUGGUUUGAACCUCAACACACGUGACUUCUUCUGGUCAGAUUCAAUGAUCGUCAUCCAUUGGCUAGCUGCAUCGCCAUCUCGUUGGAAGAGAUUUGUAGGAAAUCGUGUGGCGGAAAUCCAGCAGAUUACUGCCGCUGGAACUUGGGGCCAUGUAGCCGGUUUUGAAAACCCUGCGGAUCUUAGCAGUGACCCUCAGGAUCUGAACGUCCUUACACCAGGACAUUUCUUGGUGCAUAGAUCGCUAACCGCGAUACCUGAACCGUCUUAUGAGGAAAUUUCAUUGGGAAAGCUUUCACAGUGGCAACUAGUUCAGGAAUUCCUUAGACGCAUAUGGCAACGAUGGUCAACGGAGUAUCUCGCCGACCUACAGCAACGAACCAGAUGGACCCGAAGACGCAACAACAUCCAGAUUGGUACCAUGGUGUUGGUCAAGGAGGAUCAUCUUCCUCCAAUGAAGUGGCGAUACGGCCGUAUCGUAGAAGUUUUCCCUGGCAACGACGGCUGUAUACGUGUAGUCAACAUCCGGACAAAAGAUGGCAUAUUCAAACGAGCCAUUACACGCAUCUGUGUUCUCCCAAUUCAGGACAAUCUGCAGCGCAAUGCAGAGUCAUCAUAG